UAAACUUCACGAUCAACAGGCUGGAAAGAGAUACUGUGGUCGAGUAAUGAGAUGUGUCUUCCCAACACUCGACAAGCCACUGGAGAGACUAUUUCGAUGGUACACACAAAAUCUACUAGUUGAUUAUUAUAUUGUGAGUUUCUAUCCUCGUCGUGGCUCGCAGAAGUUCUUUAUUAUUGCACCUAUUCUAUUGACCUCAGUACUUGGAUGCGGGUUUUUAUGGAUUGAAGAGUUGACUGUCUUGGAUGCAAGAAAGUUGUAUACUCCCGUUGGUGCUCCAUCAUGGGAAGAGGAGAGAAUUAUGAAUGAGCUCUGGCCGAUAAAGCCGCACGAGUUCUUGCCAGAACGAACUUUUGAGUGGCACCGAUAUUUGUACCUCGUGGUUCAUGGCCGCCCAACCGCGAACGAAACAUAUCCCAACUUGCUGGAAGGCUCUUAUCUGGAUGAGAUCGAACGGCUUGAAUCCGAUGUUGCCGCCAAUGUGACUUUCCCGAUGAAUGAGCGGUGGAGGGAUAACGACACAAUGAACAUCAACCACACCGUCACCUUUCAGGACAUUUGCAUGAACUGGUAUGGUGAAUGCUAUAGGCAAAAGAACAUUAUUACUUUAUUGAAGCGCAGACAUGAGCUGAACGCUCGAGGAAUAUUAGUCAGCUAUCCGCAAGCCAACCCCGGUGGAACACCAAUAUAUCUAGCUUUCAACAUCGGUGGAGUAGAGACCUUUCCGAACGACACAAUA